AUGUCGACUUCCAUCUCCAGCCCGGAGAUUCCGUGGAAGAAGAACCUCUCUGCCACUAUUAUAUGCCCCGAGUGCAAAGAGGUGCCCCCCAACCUGGAAUUUCCCGACUCCCACGAGACAGUCUGCGGAUCAUGUGGCCUGGUUCUUGCCGAUCGUGAGAUUGAUAUGCACUCCGAAUGGCGCACGUUCUCCAACGAUGACCAGAACAACGACGACCCGUCUCGUGUUGGAGACGCUUCGAACCCUCUGCUCAAUGGAGCUCAGCUGGAGACCUCCAUUGCCAGCGGCGCAACUGGCCGUUCUCGCGACCUCUACCGUGCUCAGAGCAAACAGUCAAACGAAAAGGCGAAUAAGGCCCUCCUCGCAGCCUACAAGGAGAUCGGUGCUCUUUGCGACGGCUUCAACAUCCAGAAGAAUGUGGCCGACACCGCUAAGUACCUCUUUAAGAUUGUGGAGGAUGCCAAGGCGUUUAAGGGCAAGUCUCAGGACGUUAUCAUCGCUGGUUGCAUCUUCAUUGCAUGCCGCCAGUGCAAGGUUCCCCGUACUUUCACCGAGAUCUUUGCCGUGACCAAGGUUUCUCGAAAGGAGAUCGGCCGUAUCUACAAGUCCCUUGAAAAGUUUUUUACCGCUCAGAACAUCGAGCGCAAUAAUGCCGUUGUGUCGAGUGGUGGCACCAUUGAUCCCAACGAUACAUACACCGCAACUGCAUCUACCAAGCCCAGUGAUCUUUGCAACCGUUUCUGCAAUCUUCUUGGUUUGCCAUUCCAGGUUACCAGUGUCGGUGUUGCGCUCUCUGAUAAGGUCAGCAAUGACGGAGACCUGGCCGGCCGUUCUCCUCUUUCCGUUGUCGCAGCAUGCAUCUACAUGGCAUCCCACCUCAUGGGUCAGGGAAAAUCCGCCAAGGAGAUCUCUGCUGUGGCGCACGUCAGUGAUGGAACCAUCCGGGGUGCGUACAAGCAACUGUACAAUGAACGCGCACGGCUGAUUCAAGAGGAGUGGAUCAAGGACGGUAAGGGUGAUAUGUCCAAACUUCCCACGAGUUAA